CCGCACGCCUCCACCCGCGAGGAAGCCUCGGUCCACGUGACGCGGGUGCGCGCCUAUGGCACGGGGCGGGAGGCCGGCCCCGCGGCGCGGGUUUCGGCGAGGAAGGUGCAGCGGGGAAUUCGCAAACACCAACGAAACCAUGCCUAAGUUCAAACAACGAAGAAGAAAGCUAAAAGCCAAAGCCAAAAGAUUACUCAAAAAUAAAAAAGCUUCUCACAUUCAUCCUAAGCAAUUUAUACCUCCACCUCCACCUCCACCACCCUCACCAGAAAGAGUGGUUAUUUCUACAACAGAAUCACCCCUUAGCAGAAGUUGGCUAAGAUCAUCCUGGAACUUCAAAUUUCCCAAUAUCAAAGAUGCUGCAAAAUUCUGUGUAAACAAAGUAUGGUGUCUAUAUAACUGGUGCCAAAGCUGCAUAGUCCAGAGUUUACAAGUAUUGCAAAAUACCUUCUUUCCAUCUCGAGUCUAUCACCAGGAACUUCACAGUCUAAAAGAACGGUUUUGCAUCUUGGAAGGUGAAUUAUGCAAACUCCAGGAAACCUUGAAGACUGUCUCAGAAAAUUCUUCCUGCCCACGCUGUACUCAGAUGUGUCACAUGAGUGGUAAAUUUACAGAUGUGCCUGCCCAUGCUCCAAGCCAGCCUGGAGAAUCCCAAGCGGUACUUCCUUCUAUACUGCCACAGCCAGCCAGUCAUCCUGUGCCACUGCCACCUCCUCCUCCACCCCCUCCACCCCCUCCACUGCCUCCUCCACCACCACCGAUGGCACCUUUGCUACUCAGAAAAUCCAGUACCACCAAAGCACCUCAGGCGAGACCUUUAAAAAAAGAUACACCCAUGCAGAUAACUGUUAAAGAUCUACUGACUGUGAAAUUAAAGAAGACUCAGAGUAUUGAUGAAAGAAAGAAGCUUGCACCUUCACCGAAGACACGGAAUCCACUAGUUACUGUCUCUGACCUGCAGCGUGUUACUCUGAAAUCCAGCUCCAAAGUGUUAUCAACUCGAGUUACAAAUGUCUUAAUUACUCCUGGUAAAAGCCAAGUAGAUCUGCGGAAACUACUUAGAAAAGUGGAUGUAGAGAGAAGCCCGGGUGGAACCCCACUUACCAAUAAAGAAAAUAUGGAAACAGGAACUGGACUGACUCCAGUAAUGACCCGGGCUUUAAAGAGAAAGUUUGAGCUGGCUCACCCUAGAAGUCCAACUCAAACUGUGCCACUUUCUACAAGCAGCUUUGAUGAACAAAACUGAUGCCAAUGCUUCCUGACUUCAUCUGGUGAUCCAUAAAAAUAUGCACAUGUGCUCAUGCCAAUCCUGUUUUUUUUUUAUGCAGUCCGGUAUUAGUAAUUAUACUAAUGUAUUAUCCCAUUCAAAUAAUUAAAAUAUGUGUGGAAUCCAUAUGCAUAUGGCAUAAACUGGAUAUUUUGAACAUUUUAUGAUUUUUAUGAUGAAUAAGAGAGUGAAUGGGAAAAGCAAUCCUGAAUUAUCCAAUGUAAAUUGUUCAUAUUUAAAUGUAAUGUUUGUUUGUUUGUCUUGAAUGGGGCCACACCCUCCAGUACCCAGGGGCCACUUCCAGCAGGCUGCCUUAGGAUUGUUCAGCAGACCAUGCAAUACUAGAGAUCGAAUUUAUAUCUCUGUGUAGAAAGCAUGCACUUCAGUCCUCUGAGCCAUCAGCCCAGCCUCUCUAGUUUGUAUCCUUCAGGUGCAAUUAUGACAUUCGGAAAAUAAAUUAUUCUCAUUCAUCCUAGAUAUUCUUAUGGUUUUUGGGCCAUACCCGGUGAUGCUCAGGAGUUAUUCCUGGUUCUAAACUCAGGAAUCACUCCUGGUGGUACUCAGGCAACUGUCUGGGAUGCCAGGGGUAAAACGUGGGUCGGCUGCAUGCAAGGCAAGCACCCUACCCACUGUACUAUCACUCCAGGUUCAUCCUGGAUAUUCCUGGGAAUGAGAAGUAUUAAGGGGACAGAGGACACCUCAAUGGGCUGAGCAUUGCAUAUAGAAAGCAUGGAUGGUCCCAGCAUUGCUAAAUCCAAGGUAAGACCUGCAUCACCAGGCCAUACAUCUCCAGGAGUAGCCUGACCCAGCACUGUUGGGUGUGAUCCCUAUUUUAAAAAACACACUGGCACUUACAUUUUUAAUUAUGUAAGACUAAAGGAGAUAAUCUCCAAGAAUAAAGCAGUUGAGUAUUUGUGACAAUAUUUUAUGGGGCACUUAUAAUGUUUAUGUGUUAAUAACCACUAUGUACUAUAACAGUUUAAAUGAUUUGAUCAUUCUUGUGGGAUAAAAUUUCACAUGCAAAAAAUACCUAUAGAAAACCCAUAAAUUAACAUAUGUAAAGCUGCUAAGGCCAUUGUACCAGUAUUAAAAUGUUUUACUUUGUAUCUUUUAGUAAUUUUUAUGAUAUAUUUUAUACUGUAUCCACUUAAGAAUCCUAUAAAUGUUAUCCCUUCAUUAAACUAUUGUUUCCAUUGUUUAUUUUGAAACUUAAUGGCAAUAGAAACUAUAAACAACUAAAGUA